GCAGCUAUGGUGUAUCCCACCCACAGAGUGCAGCACAACAAGGAGCCACAGGGCUGCAAAGUAACGGAUUCUAAAACUUCAAACUUCUAUUUCUAACAAAUCGACUCCAGGAGACUCGGGACGCGAAUGAUCGACGGCUCCUCCAGAAGCGCUUUGCAGAGUCAGAGCUGCACAGAUCCGAGUGAAUCAUCAAGUGCCAUGUCCGUGCAGACAUCAUGUCUGAGCUCAUCCCAUCACCCAGGACUCUGCUGGACUGGUGCAGAGUCACGUGCACCAGUUACCCCUCCGUGGAAAUAAGCAACAUGUCCACCUCAUUCAGGGAUGGACUCGCAUUCUGUGCCAUCAUCCACAGACACAGACCGGACCUGAUAGAUUUCCGCUCCCUCUCCAAACAUGAUGUUUAUCUCAAUCACAAACUGGCGUUUCAAGUUGCAGAAACAAAGCUGGGCAUCCCUGCGCUGCUGGACCCAAAAGAACUGGUCUCCACCCGGGUCCCCGAUUGUUUGAGCGUCAUCUCGUACCUUUCAUACUUCUACUGCGUCUUCAACAGGACGACUCAGGCAGGUUCCUCUGGUUCGAGAUCAUCGCUCGUCUUCAACAAGAGUAAAACUCCUGAUGGUCUCAAACCCCUGAAGAGCUCGACUCAUCUGGAAACCGAUCGUUUGUCCGCGAGGCCUCGGACGGUGUGUCAUCUGUGUUUCAAGCCCGUCCACCUCAUCCAGAGACAUCUGAUCGACGGGAAGGUCUUUCACCGCAGCUGUUUCAGGUGCAAACUGUGCCACAGCACUCUCUUACCAGAGCAGUACACACAGGGCAGUGACGCUGCCUCCUUCAUCUGCAGCGACCAUUUCACAGACAGUAAAAUCACUCAUGUGGACCUUAGACAGAAAACUGGAUCUGCUGAGGAUCGUCCCAAACGUGUCCCUCAGUCAGGCUAUGUGUCUUUGUGUGGAUUGGCUGUCUCCAGCGUCCCUCAUUACACUGAGACAACAGAGUCACGGGACAGACCGGUUUGGGAAGCAGCAGAGGCGCAGGAGAGGAGCGACUCAGCUGCUGGACUGAAGAACAUGUCGAAGACGCCAGCCCCUCCUCAUCUUCCUACACCUCAUCCUCCUCGUCCUCCUCCACCCAGUGAAGGGUCAGCCGCAGGGGCUGGAAAAGAUGAAGCUGCACCUCUUCAGACAGAUGGCGAGACACAACAAGAAGCCUCAGAGACUCACCAGCCGCCUGAACCCUCCUCACCGUGUGGACGAGUGACGGAAGGAAGCGGUCGGCAGGUUCCAGCACCGAGAGGAAUAUCCGACUCAUCCGUGGUCCCUGUUCCUGCACCGAGGACCAGAGCCUCCCAGACAACAACCAGCUCCCCCACUGCUGGUAAUCCCUCCAACCAGAGUAAAUCUCCACUCAGGUCUUCUCACGUAACCAGCCCAACCUGCAGCAGCUCUACAUUGAAACCCAGCCAUCCAUGGAUGACCAUCAUUCACCCGGGACCCUGGACCCAGCUGCCUCCCGCUCCCCCCCCGGUGCCCACUCCUCGGACCAAAUCUGUGUCUAAACGUCAGGGUCCCUGGUACGGAUCCAAAGUGACACCCCCCAAUCCAUUUGAGGAGUACAUGAAGGAGGAGGAGGAGGCUCUGAAACCUGAGUCCUCAGUGGAGGUGCUCCUUUCAGAGAGUCAGGGCAGUUUGGUAAAGAUCAUCGGAGCCACAGAGGUGAUUGUUCGAUCUGAUGAAAAUACUAAAUCGGAUGUAAACCUGCUGGAUGAACAGAUUCCAGCUGAGAGACCAGAUUACAAAGAGGCUCCACCAGGGGGAGCGAGCAUGGAGACGUCCAGCGAACCGGCUGCAAACUCGGGUCAAAUCCCUUCAACACAUGUGGGUGAAAACGGAGGGACGUGUGGUUCACAACCAGAUGUGACUGAAGCAGCUGCAUCGCCACAUGUUGAUCCAGAUGAGGGUCAGAGUCCUGUUUUACCCAGAAGUCUCUCUGUGCCCGUCAUCACGUCGGUCCACUCUCAAGGUUCCUCGCUGCCGGGCGGUCUAGGGAGUGAAUCAGCCUCCGGGUGGCAAAGUAAGCCGGCCUGCAGAGAGAAUCCUUUUGAUCGAAAUCCCACGAUGAUCAAGUCAAAGACUUUCCAGGCGCUGACGUCUCAACGGGCGCCGGCUCCUGGACACGGCUUCCCUCUCAUCAAGAGGAAGGUGCAGUCGGACCAACAUGUUUCUACAGAAGCGCUGCAGACGGAGAUGAGAGAGGUGGAGAAACGUCUGGAGGCUCUGCAGCUCAGAGGAGUGGAGCUGGAGAAGAAUCUGAGAGACGGCAGAAACGAUAAAGAGGAGGAGCGAAUGCUGAUGGAGUGGUUCUCCCUCCUCCAUGAGAAACAAGCUCUGGUGCGCAGAGAUACCGAGCUGCUUUAUCUGACAAAGCAGCAGAAGUUAGAGGAGAGACAGGCGGAUGUGGAGUAUGAGCUCAGAUGCAUCCUGAAUAGACCUGAGACGGACUGGAGUCAGGAGGACCGGGGGCGGGAGCAGCGGCUGAUGGACGAGCUGGUGGCCAUCAUCGAGCAGAGGAACCAGAUCAUCAGCAGCCUGGAUGUGGACAGGCAGAGGGAAAGAGAAGAAGAUGAACUUCCAGAGGACAAGAAGAAGAACAAAGCGCUCCAGAGGGAGGAGCUGAAGGAGCUGAAGGAACUGAAGAAGGCAAAAGGAAAGUUCAAGCCCACAAAUGUUUUCAAGAUGCUCAACCAUAAAGCAGAAAGCAUCAAGGGCUCCACAGACAAAAAGAGCUGAUGUACAAACAUGAGAUGUUUUACAGAUGCAAAGUUCUCUUAAAUAACAGAGUCGUUUUAUGGUUUUAGAUUAUGACGGUGUUAAUAUUUAUUUUUACCACAGAUAAUGAUUAUCAUAUGAGAUAUGAUAAUAAUAAUAUGAAGAGCAGAACUAUAGUGUAGACAAGAUGAAAUCUAAUUUUCUAUCUCUGCUAAUUUUUCAACUGGUAUCAGUGUACAUUUUCUAUGUUGCUGUAUGCAGCCAAUAUUAAUGUUUCUUUAUUUUGUUACAUACUUGUCUUUGUAGAAGUAAGCAAUAAAAUAUUUAUUU